CUCCUAGAGAAAGUGAUCAAUUUUUUGUGCAUCUUUUGUUGCAUGCAAGAAGUUAUGAGGAUAGCAAUGUUCACCUUUAAUUUGAAUAGGACAUAUUGUAUGAAGGUAUUUAAUGUAAGCCAACGUUCAUAUUUGAUAAGUCUUCCUAACAGCUUGCAGUGCGAAAAUUGACUCCAAGAAAACUGAGAAAAACUGCCAGGUCAUAAAAGGUGCGGUGUAAAUGUUUUGAAUUGAUCUUGGACAUACACACCAAUACCUGACAAAACCGUAUGUGGUGAUUGAAGUAACGUUAUAUGUGCUUGAAGACUUACAUUGUGUUGCAGGGACCUGCAGUACAACAGCAGCAACUAUUGUAAAUGUUGAAAAUCUUAAUCUUCUCCAAUGAAGCAUCCGGGUUUAACAGUAACUUUGCUAUUUCAUGGCUGCACGCUUGUUUGUGGAUUGUACAACAGUGCAAAUGACAGUUCUGUAAAUGUGCAAAGGGGUGUGCCACAUGCAGGAUCUAAUUUCUUUUCGAAACUACUAGCACAUCGUGACCUCAUAGUGAAAGAAGGAACAAGUGUGUUGAUUGAAUGCAAUGUGAACAGUAGCCAGAUUUACAACAUCCUGUGGUACAACUCAAAGGGGAGUCUCCUCAAGGACAGCAGCACGACAGAUGGAAAAUGGCUAAUUCUAGACAGUGGAGACCUGAACAUCACCAGCGUUACGUUUGCCGAUCGAGGCCGUUACACAUGCAUCGCAAUACAUCCUCACGGCACUUUAAACUACACAAUCACGUUGCGUGUUAUCUUCACCACGGGCGAUAUGGGCAUUUAUUAUAUGAUAAUUUGCCUCAUUGCUUUUUCGAUCAUUAUGAUAUUGAACAUUACUCGCCUCUGCAUGAUGAGCAGCCACCUCAGGAAAACCGAAAAAGCAAUCAACGACUUCUUCAAAAUGGAAGGAGCGGAAAAAUUACAGAAAGCAUUUGAAAUUGCAAAACGCAUUCCCAUCAUCACAUCAGCGAAGACACUCGAGCUAGCUAAAGUGACUCAGUUUAAGACCAUGGAGUUUGCCAGAUAUGUAGAAGAACUUGCUCGGAGCAUUCCUCUGCCACCUCUUAUUCUGAAUUGCAGAGCCUUUGUGGAAGAAAUCAUCGAGGCUGUGAGGAUGGAUGAAGCAGAGCCUGCAACAGAUGAAGAAAACAAAGAGGGUCAAGCAGAGGGGUGCAGUGAUGAGGUCUAUACUAUCGAUUCUGAAAUGAAACGCAGCUGUUCACCUGCGGGGGAAUCCGAUGACUCAUUCAUGCACGAGGAAUGUCAAGAGAUUGCUGUUCAAGUCUCCGUACACUCUCAAUCAGAGAAACAGAGCAUUGACAAUUUAUCUCAAGGAAGCAGCCAAUUUGAGCAAUGUGAGGAGUUUUUGCCCAAGACGAAGACAAACAAACCCGAUGGUGUUCUGUGUGAAAGUCACAUAUAAAUUGCACAACUUUUCUUUGUUAUGGAUUCAUUUUUAAGAGAAAAACAAAAUAGCAGCAAAACAUUUUUUUAAAUCGUUGGCAAUAUUCAAUUCGUUUUUAACGUGUAUAGUUUUCAGUAUAACGGUCCUCAUAUACUUGUAGCUUGUGGCCACGUGCAGUCAUUGAAAAGUCCUCUGUCACAUCUAUCCACCAAAUGGAUGGUGUCAGUAUAAAUGGGGGGUUUUUUCUCUACAUUCAUAUGCGUCUGUUGUUUGAUAAUCAUACUCUAUUUAAUGGGCGUUAGGUGACUUUGUUACACUUAUAGAAAGAGUAGAGUGGCAAGUUGACAAGAUGAUGUGCAAUCUUGGAAAUUCUGGCGUGUCGUUUGUAGUGAUCAAAAUCUACAACAUGCCGGAAGUUUCGAAUUGUUAGGGGAAAAUGAAUUUAAGAUAACCUUAAGUUCAAAUGCCAGAGCCCACCAAAAAAUUCUUAAUUGCACACUUGGGAAAAAGUUAUAUCUAUGACUGGUCUAUGAUCAGUCAUGAUCACAAUGAAUGGCGGUGCUGGCUCGAAGGGCCGAAUGGCCUCCUCCUGCACCUAUUUUCUAAGUUUCUAUUUUCUAUGAUUGUUGAAAAGUCGCAUGGAAUUGUUGUAGUUUUGCUGCUCAUAAUUCCAAAUGUUUUGAUCCAACAAAAAGGAUUGAGCUAAUAUAAUUAUUCCCUUAUCAUCCAGAAAUGCAUGUAUUAAGAUUAAGACUAUUUCAUUAUGCAUCAAUAUUCAAGGAUUUUUCAUAUUGACUGAUAGAAUCCAUGAAUCUAGCUGCAUGUUUAAAUGCUUAAUCAUUUCUAUUAUCUCUUAAUCAAGGAAGAAUUUUCAAACACUUUUAUUGUCUCUUCGAUCUACUGAUUGUAGCAUAUUUUUGUAGCAACUAUAAUCGAAAUGUCUUCUAGAUAUGUUUGCUCAACUAUAAGAGUAAUUUUAUUACAAGUUUGUAUUAGAUGCAUUAAUGGAAUGUCAUGUAGUGUUCUGGUUCAAAAGUGGUGCUUUAAAUCGAACUCUCAGAAACUGCAUUAUAUUGACUCAUUUAUACCUCAACUGUUCAUUAAGCUUUUUUUUUCAAUACGUCAUUUUGACUGAUUCAAUCAGUUGUGUUUCUACUCUUUCUCGAGAUGGUGAGAGAUCUCCGGGCGUAAAUGAUGUUUUGUUGGCACGGAAUAGAAUGAGCAAAUAUAGGCAGGCUCACAUCUUUUUCCUCUUAUUUCACCACAGUUAUAAUUAGCCAUCAUUUACAAAUGAAUAUUUGGAAAAUUAGCAUGGUGGCAUUUCUACUUUACCUAAUUUCAAAAUGUUAAAGCAAAUAUUUUUUACCUGUGUUGUAGAUUGAGAUGUAGUUGUGUUGUGAUCUGUAAUGUGGUUUAGCUUACAAAUGAACCAUAAGCUAUUAGUAAAUGGUGCUGUGAUUGUUUUACCAGUUAUGUUCUGAUAUUAAAAAACAUAAACUGUUUAAAUUUACAAAAUACAAUUGAGAUUUGGAUUCCUCUGCCAUCCUUUCAACAGGUUAAUAUGAUGUUUUUAGCACUUUGUUAUAUUUAUGCAAACAAAACAAAUGGUGUUUUCAUAUGGCAUUGCUUUUUUGGUAUAACUGUAUGGCAAACCAAAUUCCUCGUAUGUUGCAAAAUAUACUUGGCUAAUAAAUUACGAUUAUGAUUAU